AACUUAAGUGGAAGAUAGCUGUUUGUGGUCUGAUGUUAUUGUCAUUUAUAGCUUCAGGCAAUGAGUUCCUGUAAGGAUUGUCAAUUGUUUUUGUUAUGACUCUGGUAUAAAAUUUUUAUUUAAAAAAAAAAAUCUGUGAUCUCGGCAAACAAAAAGUGUUACUAAAAGCUGAACAGGAAGUUCUAACUAUUUUUUUUUUUACAUAAAAAAUAGGAGUCAAAUUUUCAUCACAUUUUCACUUUAUUACCUUAAGAAGAAAAGGACACGCUGGAUGCUGUGCAUUUAGAUACAAUAUUUAAACAUUGUAUAGAUACGAUGUUUAGGGGGGAAAAAAUGAGUGAAUUUUUAUGGCUGGAAUAUAUACAAACAUAAGUCUGCUAGGUCAGGACUAAAAACAGCCAAGAGGUAACUGAAAAUGCCUAAAACUUGCAGUGCUCAAGGUUGUUUGAAUCACCACAUGAUGAAGGACAAAAAGGUAUCGUUCUUUUGUUUGCCCAACUUGCUGAAGAAAGCAGAACGACGUAGACUAUGGGUCAGAGCAUGCCAACGCAUUAAUUCAGAUGGAACCCAAUGGAUACCACACUCCAAGUAUGUCUAUAUCUGCAGUGAGCAUUUUGUAUCUGGAAAACCUGUUGAUGACCCAGAUCACAUCGAUUAUGUUCCAACAGUAUUCAAAACAACACCACAAAUGGCAUCACGUCCCAAAAAGCGGAAGAAAUUACCCGAUUCUUACAGAUCUAUCAAAAAGUUUCAUCACAAUAUGGAAGCUGCUUAUGAAGCUGCAGAAGCUCUUAUAACCCUGGCAAAAACACAGAAUACCCAAACAUCCUUGAACUCUACCAGUGACAAUACAAUCCCAGUCAAUUCUAUUGAAAAUCUUUCUUCAAACACAUCAAAUUUUUCUGAUAGCAAAUAACUAUGGCUACUCAACAAAAAUGCAGCUAUUAAGAAAUUGCAUUUGUUUCAUUAUUAUUAUUAUUUUGUAAAAUAUUCCAUGAUUAAAGUCACUUCCUUUGAACUCUAUCAUUGUAAAUA